UCACUGGCGAGUGAGGAGGAAAAUCAGCUGAAGGAAAACACUGCUGGAGACUUAAAACCAUGGCUGCGGAGAUCCAUUCCAGGCCCCAGACUGCUAGACCGAUUCUUCUGAACAAAAUCGAGGGACACUCGGACGCUGUUAACGCAGCCGUUUUGAUACCAAAAGAGGAUGGAGUGAUCACGGUCAGCGAGGACAGAACCAUCCGAGUUUGGCUGAAAAGAGACAGCGGUCAGUAUUGGCCGAGCAUCUACCACACAGUCUCCUCUCCAUGCUCUUGCAUGUCGUACCACCAUGACAGCAGACGUAUCUUCAUAGGCCAGGACAAUGGAGCUGUUGUGGAGUUUCUUAUCUCUGAGGACUUCAACAAGAUGAACCACGUCAAAACAUAUCCAGCCCACCAGAACCGUGUGUCAGAUAUGGUGUUCUCCUUGGAGAGUGAGUGGGUGGUGAGCACCGGCCACGACAAGAGUGUGAGCUGGAUGUGCACCCAGAGCGGCAGCAUGCUGGGGAGACACUACUUCACAGCCUGGGCCUCCUGCCUACAAUACGAUCACGAGACGCAGCAUGCCUUUGUCGGCGAUUACUCAGGACAGAUCACGCUGCUGAAGCUGGAGAAGCAGACGUACUCCACCAUCACUACACUAAAGGGCCAUGAAGGUAGUAUAGCAACCCUGUGGUGGGACCCCGUCCAGAGGCUGCUGUUCUCAGGGGCCUCCGACCACAGCGUAAUCAUGUGGGACAUCGGGGGCCGCAAAGGACGAACGUUACUGUUGCAGGGACACCACGAGCGUGUUCAGGCCCUGCGUUACCUGCAGUUGACCAGGCAGUUGGUGUCGUGCUCGGCCGACGGAGGCAUGGCAGUGUGGAACAUGGACACACAGCGAGAAGAGGCGCCUCAGUGGUUAGACAGCGACUCUUGUCAGAAGUGUGAGCAGCCUUUCUUCUGGAACAUCAAGCAGAUGUGGGACACUAAGACGUUGGGGCUCAGACAGCAUCACUGCAGGAAGUGUGGGAAGGCAGUGUGUGGGAAAUGUAGUUCUAAACGCACCACGUUCCCAAUCAUGGGCUUCGAGUUCCCGGUGCGGGUGUGUGACGCCUGCUUUGACACCAUCAAAGAAGAAGAUCGAACACCAUUGGCCACGUUCCACGAGGGGAAACACAACAUCGCCCACAUGGACAUGGACCCAUCCAGAGGCCUGAUGGUCACAUGUGGAAGCGACCGCAUUGUUAAGAUCUGGGAUGUGACGCAGGUGGUUGGCUGUAGCUUAGCAACAGGCUUCUCUUCGCGCUGAUUGGCCCAGCUCGACUACAUGGCCCCCCCCCCACUCUCCGCCAAUGUCAUGGAAACCCGUCUGUAUAGUACAUCUCCCCAUCACUCCUGGGAUCUUCAGCUACAACCAGGCCUGCUCUUGGUGAAUGUGUGUGUGUGUAUAUUUGAAUGUGUGUGUGUGUCAACAGUGUCGCCCUCCACUUUUCUUUUUUUGCUUCUAAAAACAAACCUGUCUUUAAUUUCCCUGACUGUCGGUCCUACAUGAACGUGUGUGCGACUAAUUUUCGACUUUUUGCUCUGAUCUGAACCCUAAGCACAAUGGUGUGUGUGUACACGUGUGCAUGUAUUGUAAUGGUUUCUCCUAUUGGGAGGACUGGUGUUGGUAUUAGUGUUUACAUUAUAUUAAUAUUUCCCAUGCUUCUUUUGACAAAAGGUCAUUUUUUUAUUACCCUUAUACUGUAAAGUUAGGUUUCACUAAAUUGCUGACCUGUACAAACACACUAGCUUGCUUUUUACUGUGGCCCACUAACUGCAUAUUACUCCGUCACUGUUAACCCUAAUCAUCUGUAAAUACCCCUGCGUCAUGUGUACAGUAGAUAGUCGCUUGAAAUGACUCUCUGAUCAGCAUGAUCAGCUUUUUCUGUCUUUCUUUCCUCUCUUUUUUCAGUUUUCUUUCCUUUCACUAGUUGGCCUUAAAUCACUCUCAGGAGGUUUUACAUCUGUAGGUCGUCACUGGGCGGCAGGGGCUCUUCAUGUCAGUUGUAACCAUAAUUAAUGUGUAAUCACUGGAGCGUGGGAAAAAAAUCGAUACAACAGCCUCUUUCUUCAUAUAUGAAAAAAAAUCUCAUGAUGCACUCAGAGAUGCUGCCACAAAAUGUACUUGUUGGAUGUUUGCGUGACUCCACCAAUCCAGCCACGUGAGGCAUGGGAAAUAUAUGUUACCAUAGUAACAUGCACUGAUGGCGGCAGCAUCAAACACCCUGUCGCAGCCGUUCUUGAGGUUUACCUGUCAAAUUACAACUCAAGAUUUGAAGACUUGUGAUGAUUUCAGCUUUAUGGGUUUGAGUCUGAUUGUGGUAAAAUCAAGUUUAAAGGGACAGUUCAUCCCAAAUUAAGAAAAUGCAUUUUUCAUCCUCUUAC